AUGCCAGCCAUACCGAAACCGCGGCUGCCACAAAGUUGUCAUGCUUGUGAGCUCUUUCUCCAGAAAUUUUGUGACUCUCUUUACAAUUUUCGGACCGCAGACGUCCACAUCCGAGUCCGUGUCGCGAGAAAAGGAGCUAUCAUGCGCUCGAAGGAACUCGACAUCCUGCCAUUCCCAACCGCAUGGCAGCUCCGGAAUCUCUUGCAAGUUUUCCAACAGCAGCAUUUUGGACGGUCGUAUACGGCGCUCCUUCUCAACAGUCUCAGGAAAGUACGCGCAGAAAUCGCCAAGCAGUUCGGCCAUCACAACAAAACCCUGCACGGACUCAUCUAUACCAAAAAUCUCUUGAACAGAAGAAGUGAUGGAUCGCACGUCUGA